CGUCCUAGGGCUACGGUAGAACCCCAACUUGAUCUUCCGCUUAACCCAAAAUACUCAUUUAUAUAUUUAGAAUCAUGUAUGUAUGUUUGAGUUUAUUGGUUUCUAAUACAUGUGAGUAAUUACGAAUUUUCAACUAAAACCUAUAAAUUGACGAUAAAUAAAUCGUUUAUAUAUAUAAUUAUAUAUGUCUCUUCUAUACGAAUUUCAGUAUAUUUAACUCCUUUGAUGUGAACUUUCUAGCAUUUCCAUGACGAUGGAUACGUUAUAGAAGAGCUCGAGACUAAACUACAAUUGCUUCUUUCUUUUUUCUUUUCUUUGCAAUGAUCAGUUUCUCUGACCUUUUUGAGCGUAUCAAAGAUUCUUUAUUUAUUCUACUCUUAUCUUUGUUACAAAAGAGGUGGUCAAUACUGGAACGGAUUCUCUCAACUUAAGAUCGAAUAUUAAAAGUUGUUGAUCCAAGGGAUCUUAUUCCAGAAUUCCAACUCAUCAUCAUUCCAACAUGCAUAAGGCCUUGAUUCUUGCAGUUUCACACAGAGCCUCAAUUAUUUAACUGUCAAUUGUUAUUUGCAUUUAUAUUAUAUAUAUUCCAAGUAUGCUAUAAAAAAACAUUCUAUGGAUUUCAAAUAUUAACAUCAAAAGAAAUUUUGUUUUUGUUGGCUUCAAAAUACUAGAGUAAUUCUUGAAGCCACAAAAAGGAAAAAAGAAAAGGUCCUUACGAAAAGUAACAUAAGUUUCCAAUGUUUUUUUUGAAACUGGCGGAAGAGAAUGAUCAGGAUCAUAGCAGUUAAAAUAUCUAAUUUUGUAUAAUUUUAUAAUGUCAUGAUGUCUUCCUUUAUUUUAGCCUUUUAGAUAACCUUACACCAAAUAAUGGAUUACUUAAAAAUAUUAAGAGCUGUGCGCUGUGUACAGUUCAUUACAUGUUAAAACCUUUAAUUCAAUUCGUAUAACCAUUUCUAUAAUGUACGACGAAGAAAAGUCUACAAGCCGUUUUUAACUAAUAGUCUACAAGAACAUGUAGUAUUAUACCAAGAAAAAUCAAGAAACUAAAUACUUGCAUAUCUGAUAAAAUCUCACACGGGAUCCACGUUACGUAGCAACUAGCAAAGACUGAAUGUUUGCUGAAAUAGAAAAAAUAUCAACUAUCCUUAAAACUUAUCAUAAGUUUUUAUAUAAAAUAGCAACAAACCUUGAUUAGUGCUUGGUGACACAUGCUCUGGCUUUAUAUACGAACUUAUCAAUCAAUAAGAUACGGAUCACAAUUAUAAACCAAAUAAUCUAUUAUUAUUAAAAUAUUUCAAAAUUCAAAACCCAAAUUUAUCAAAGAUAUACGAAACCACUCCAACUCAUAGAUAAAGACAUCACAAAAUAAAAAAAAAUGAACCCUUCCCAUAUCUUUUAAUUUAUCUGAUCAGUCGAAGAGGUUGUCACUCUCCGUCUAUAAAUUAGAAACGGGAUACGAACCUUAAGCAUCUCAAAGUCUAUCAAAUCACUUUCGUUGGCAAAUAAACAUGGCACAAUCUUCUCUAUUUGGAGAACUUGAGGUUGAAGUCGAGAUCAAAUCUUCGGCGGCCAAGUUCUACCACAUGUACGCCGGAACGCCGCAUCAUGUGGCCAACGCCACUCCACGCAAUGUGCAGGCAUGUGAUCUGCACGACGGAGAAUGGGGCGAAGUUGGCAGUAUUAUCUUUUGGAACUACGUUCAUGAUGGACAAGCCAAGGUGGCAAAGGAAAGGAUCGAAGUGGUGAAACCUGAGAAGAAACUGGUGAAGUUUAGGGUUUUAGAGGGAGAUCUGAUGGAAGAGUUCAAGAGCUUUUUGAUUACGAUCAAGGUAACCCCUAAGCAAGGAGGAAGUGGAAGUAUUGUGAAGUGGCACUUCGAGUAUGAGAAGAUUGAUGAGAACAUUUCUCACCCUGAGACUUUGCUCCCUUUCUUUGCUGAUAUGAUCAAAGAGAUCGACGAACACCUCUUGUCCGAGGAAUAGAGGAGAAAUUAUUGUUUUUUCCUCCGUACGUUUUAUAUAAUUUUCCUGUUUGUGUCAAUAACUGUGUUCUCUCUCAAGAUUAAGAUAAAAUGUCUGCAAGUUAUAUAAAUGAUAAUGAGUCGAUGUUAUGUUUUAUGUUGUAAGUUGCAAAUAUGUAACUUUUAAGUGUGCAGCUGUGAUUAUUAAUUUUUUUUUUUU